CUUUAUUCAAGUAGGACGUGCUGAGCAAGGAGCUCGCGGCCAAGCGCUGAGACCUGUACAGCUCUCCCUCGUUCCCUUCCAUCUCAGUAUUUCUUCUUUUAGGCUCCCAUUGUCUGUUUAUCACCACUCUUCACAAUGAGGUACUCGACCUUGGUCGCGGGAGUGUUGUCCCUCGCGGGCGUCGCCACUUGCGCAACGACUUCCCAUGUCGAGACUCUCGAGCCUAUGGAGAACCUGCAGCACGUUCCUCAAGGCUGGAAAGAGGUUGGCGCUCCUGCGCAGACCCGCAGGUUGCACUUCCGCAUUGCUGUCACUCAGCCUAAUCAUGAUCUAUUUGAGCAGACCUUAAUGGAAAUUUCGACUCCACACCAUCAACGAUAUGGUCAGCACUUGAAGCGCGACGAACUCAAAGCACUCAUCAAACCGCGUGCUGAGUCAACUGAUUCUGUGCUCAAGUGGCUGAAGGACUCAGGUAUCUCAUCUGACGACAUCGUAGAUGAUGGUGAAUGGGUCAACUUUGUGGCUCCUGUUUCAACAGCCGAAAAGAUGAUGGACACCACCUUCAAAACUUAUCAGAGUCUUGUACGAAAGGAAGUCAAGAAAAUUCGCGCUCUUAAAUACUCGGUCCCUAAGGACAUUCAUGACCACAUCGACAUGAUUCAACCGACAACGCGCUUUGGCCAGAUCCGGCCGCAGAUGAGCCAAAUCAUUGAUAAGCAGGUCGUCGGUGUCGAGAAGGCUGUGAAUGCCAGCUGCAACAACUACAUCACCCCUCAAUGUCUCAAGGAACUGUACAACUUUGCCGAUUUCAAAGCUGAUCCCAAGGUGCCCACACUCAUUGGUGUGAAUGGCUUCUUGGAAGAAUAUGCCCGAUUCAAGGACUUUGCAGACUUCGCGAAGGCAUUCGCUCCCUGGGCUGUUGGAAGCAACUUCACCUGGACAUCUGUCAACGGUGGUAUCCUAGAUCAGCGAGCAACAAAUGACAGCGUUGAAGCCAAUUUGGAUGUUCAGUACACUGCCGGUCUCGUUGCACCCGCCAUCAAGACGAACUACUACAGCACACCCGGCCGUGGAAUGCUUGUCCCUGAUCUUGACCAACCUUCUGAGGCGGACAACCAGAAUGAACCCUAUCUAGACUUAUUUACCUACCUAGUUGGCCUCCCUGAUGGCCAACUCCCCCAGGUUCUUACCACUUCGUAUGGGGAAGAUGAACAGAGCGUACCCGAGGAGUACUCGAAAAAGGUUUGUGACAUGAUAGGCCAACUCGGUACCAGGGGCGUUUCCGUACUCUUCUCCAGCGGCGACACCGGCGUCGGCUCCGCCUGCCAGUCCAAUGACGGCAAGAACACUACCCGGUUCUUGCCCAUCUUCCCGGCUUCCUGUCCGUAUGUCACUUCAGUCGGCGGGACAACCAAUGUUUCGCCCGAACAAGCCGUUUCUUUCUCCUCCGGUGGCUUUUCUGACCGCUGGCCGCGCCCUUCAUACCAAGACGCUGCGGUCACUGAUUACCUCAAGAAGCUUGGCAGUCGGUGGGAAGGUCUGUACAACCCCAAUGGUCGUGGUUUCCCAGAUGUUGCCGCACAGGGUACUCGCUACCGUGUCAUCGAUAAGGGCACGCAAAUCUCAGUUGGUGGGACUAGCGCCUCUGCGCCAACUUUCGCUUCUAUUGUUGGGUUGCUCAAUAAUGCUCGCAUUUCAGCGGGCAAACCCGCUCUUGGUUUCUUGAACCCGUGGAUCUACAGCCAGGGUUACAAGGGCUUGAACGAUAUCACAAAGGGCGGCUCCACAGGCUGCGUAGGAAGGAGCAUAUAUUCCGGCCUAGCGGCACCAUACGUGCCGUAUGCGUCCUGGAACGCGACCGAAGGAUGGGAUCCAGUAACGGGUUAUGGCACGCCGGACUUUGGGAAGCUGUUGAAGAUUUCUGAGUCUGGUACCUAUUCUGGGAGGAGGGGUCUCCAUGGUCGGUUUUAAGCGACGGUUUCC